AUGACCAGAAAAAAACGCCAGAAAAAUAAACCUCGGGUCCGUAUCCCCACUGGAUCGACCAAACCUAUCACCUCAGAUACUCCCGCAAAAUCGAAAACGCCUGAUUCUUUUUCAGCCGUUAAACAAAAGGAUCUCUCCGAUUCUUCUCUGGCCGGCGUUGCCGCUCAGUCAACCCACUCCUCUGUACCAUACAAGACUAUUUCUAGUUCAGAUCUGGUUGAGAAAAUUGAAACCCCCAAUUCAAAAAUUCUAGCUACAGAAACUCCUUCUGUACCUAGCGCUCAAAAACAGAGCAAUAUUCCUGCGGAAAGUAAAAAUCAUGCUUCCUCAGACAGAACCUCAUCUCCUCCAUCAACGGAGCAGAAAAACCCGGCGGAAAUCUGGAAAGGUUUCGUAAAAAACUCGACCGUAAAACUUCAACCUAAGGAGACUCCAUACUACCUGGAUUCUGGAGAGAGGUGUGUUACAAUACCAAACUCUGUUGUCGAGAAGAACAAAAGAGCAUGGGAAUACUUCAUCCUUGGCCAGUUUUACGAUGAACCACCAGCUCGUGCUGCCGUCCACGCCAUUGUUAAUGGUAUCUGGAGUCGUCAAAAGCGAGAUAUAACGGUGAAUAAAAUGGAAGGCAAUGCUUUUCUAUUCCGUGUCCCAGACCCUAAUGCUCGACGUCAGAUACUGAGCCAGAGCCUAUGGCAAAUUGAUGGCCAGACCAUGUUUGUGGCCAAGUGGUCACCUGGAAUUCAGCAAGCAAAACCUGAGCUAGAUAUGGUCCCUGUAUGGCUGGAACUCACUGGAGUUCCUCUCCAGUUCUUCAACGGUGACGCCCUUCAAGAGAUAGCUGGAAUUGUUGGCCAUCCAGUGUGCUUACACCCUUCCACUGAAAAUCUUACCAACAUAGAAGUUGCUAAGGUUUACACUGUGAUUGACCCGCGCAAGCCGCUCCCAGAAUUUGUCAACGCCCGUUUUGAGAGUGGAGACACAAGGAGAAUUGGAGUCUCGAGCCCUUGGCUACCUUCCUUAUGCUCCUACUGCAAGAAAUUUGGCCACACAAUCUUGCGAUGUAAGGCAGCACCAAAAACAUGUACAACUUGCAAUUCAGUUAGACAUGAAACAACUGCUUGUCCGAGAACAAAUCAUGUCUCUCACGGAAAUGAGAAGCGCAAAGGUAAAGCACCUAUAAAAAGCUUAUUGCCCAUCGUCCCUCAGCCAAAUUUGGUAUACAGACAAGUUGGUAUCAAGGCACGGGACAACCCAAUCAUGCCUUCUCAGACAAAUGAUACUCCUCACAAGCAACAAAUUGUCACUCAACCUCCUACCGAUACCCUUGUCCAGCAGCCUGGUACCGGUAAAAGUCCUGUUCGUUUGGUUGCCGCAGGUUUCGGCGUCAGCGGCGGCGGCAGCGACGCGGCGUUCGGACGCGGCGUCAGACGCAGUUUCCUGCGUCAACGAAACGAACAAGAGUUGACGCAGAAUGUUGACGCUGCCGCUGCCGCCGGUACCAGCGGCAACCAAACGAACGGCCCUAAAGUCGCUCAUACGACAACAGUGGAGUAUGAUCUGCGUGAGGGUAGCAUUUACGUUGAUCUAACAUGUUCACCUCGGCCUACAGACAUUGAGAAAUCUAGUAAUGGCUCUUCAUCAUAUACUUCUAUCUCUGGAGACGAAAGUAACUCUGAUGAUGGCAGUGAUCAAUUCAUAGAGCGGGAUAAAUCAUUAUCUAUUAAUAAUAUUAUUCUACCGGGUUGGUCUCUUGAGGGGAACUAUGAUUUCUCCAGCCUCGGGAAGAUAUGGAUAGUCUGGAAGGCUCCUGUCCAAGUCAAAAUUAUCAGGAAAACUCUCCAAAUGGUCUUUUGUUCUGUGAAACUCCCUCAUCAGCAUGAAUUUGGAGUAUCGUUUGUCUACGGUUCAAAUUGUAAAAAAGAAAGAAGAUUAUUAUGGGAAGAGAUUGAGGCAGCUGCUUGCUCUCCACCUUACAACAGUCUCCCUUGGUUAGUAAUGGGUGAUUUUAACGAAAUUAUAUAUCCCACAGAACACUCCACUGCUGAUCAGUUCUCUUCUAAAAGGGGAAUGCGAGAUUUCCGCGAUUGUAUUCAGAGAUGUUCGUUGUCUGACCUUCAAUUCUGUGGUAAUAGCUUCACUUGGUCCAACUCUCAUGUAUCCAAAAAAUUGGACAGGAUCUUGUGUAACGAAGAAUGGAUGGAUAAAUACCCGGAGUCUAUUGGAGUCUUUGGUGAUCCCGGAAUUUCAGACCAUAGCUCUUGCUGCGUUUUCUUAGACCAGCACAAACCUCCUCAGAAAAGACCAUUCAAGUUCUUUGCUCACUUAAACAGUCACCCUGAUUUCGAGAAACUCAUAUCCUCAACCUGGAAUGCUCUGCCAUUUCAUGGGUCGAGACAGCUAUGCUUCUCAAAGAAGAUGAAAGAACUGAAGGGUAUUAUUUGCUCAUUCAGUAAAGAAAAUUUUUCUGGCAUCUUACAAGAUGCCAGCAAGUAA